AUGGACCCCUUCGCGGACACGCUGCGGCGGCUGCGGGAGGCCUUCAGGUCGGGGCGGACGCGGACAGCCGAGUUCCGGGCCGCGCAGCUCAAGGGCCUGGGCCGCUUCCUGGAGGAGAACAAGCAGCUUCUGAGAGACGCCCUGGCGCAGGACCUGCACAAGUCGUCCUUGGAAGCAGAUGUGUCAGAGAUCAUCAUGUGCGAGAAUGAGGUCAACCUGGCCAUGAAGAACCUCAGCUGCUGGAUGAAAGACGAGCCGGUGUCCACCAACAUGUUCACAAAGCUGAGUUCGGCCUUCAUCAGGAAGGAGCCCUACGGCCUGGUGCUCAUCGUUGCCCCCUGGAACUACCCCGUGAACCUGAUGCUGGUGCCCCUGGUGGGCGCCCUCGCUGCAGGGAACUGCGUGGUGCUGAAGCCAUCUGAGAUAAGCAAGAACACAGAGAAGGUCCUGGCCGAGGUGCUGCCCCAAUACCUGGACCAGGGCUGCUUCGCAGUGAUGCUGGGUGGCCCUGAGGAGACGGGGCAGCUCCUGGAGAACAGGUUUGACUACAUCUUUUUCACAGGGAGCCCCCGCGUGGGCAAGAUCGUCAUGGCCGCCGCAGCCAAGCACCUGACUCCCGUCACACUGGAGCUGGGGGGCAAGAACCCCUGCUACGUGGACGACGACUGUGACCCCCAGACCGUGGCCAACCGCGUGGUCUGGUUCCGCUACUUCAAUGCCGGCCAGACCUGCGUGGCCCCCGACUACGUCCUGUGCAGCCGCGAGACACAGGAGCGGCUGCUGCCCGCCAUGCAGAGCGCCAUCACCCGCUUCUAUGGCGACGACCCCAAGAGCUCCCCCAACCUGGGCCGCAUCGUCGGGGAGAGGCAGUUCCAGCGGCUGCAGGGCCUGCUGGGCUGUGGGCGCGUGGCCAUCGGCGGCCAGAGUGACGAGAGCGAGCGCUACAUCGCCCCCACGGUGCUGGUGGACGUGCAGGAGUCGGAGCCGGUGAUGCAGGAGGAGAUCUUCGGGCCCAUCCUGCCCGUCGUGAACGUGCAGGGCCUGGCCGAGGCCGUGGACUUCAUCACCCGCCGUGAGAAGCCCCUGGCGCUGUACGCCUUCUCCAACAACAGCCAGGUGGUGAAUCACCUGCUGGAGCAGACCAGCAGUGGCAGCUUCGGGGGCAAUGAUGGCUUUGUCUACCAGACUCUGUCAUCCCUGCCGUUUGGGGGAGUCGGUCACAGCGGGAUGGGCAACUACCACGGCAAGUUCUCCUUCGACACCUUCUCCCACCACCGCGCCUGCCUGCUCUCACACCCGGGCCUGGAGAAGCUCCAUGAAGUGCGCUACCCACCCUACUCUGACCACAGGCGGCAGCUCAUCACCUGGGCCCUGGACUCCCAGAGCUGCACCCUGCUGUGA